AUUGCGCCCUCUGUCGACGAUACUUCCAAAUUGCUCAACAACAAAACAGGCAACGCACUUGAUAUCUGAACGUGAAUCCCACGGAAUCAACUGGAAAAUUGGUGCGUGUCUGAGCUGUGUUGUGAUGCGUUGCAGUCAGUGUCGCUGUCUUCUCGAUACUAGACGUUUUACUAACUGUGACUCCUCAUUCCAUUAACUGUUGAUGAGUGAGAACCAUUUUUAAAAGCCGAUCGUCUGCUUCCCUAAGACUACCACAAGACGGUCCCCAUUGCAAAACACCCAAUCGGCUUCUCUCCAUUUCCUGUGACCCCACCGCGCCACCAUGUACAACGGCGUGGGCCUGAACACGGCCCGGGGCAGCGGCACCAACGGCUUCGUCCAGCGUAACUUUGCCCUGGUGCGCAACCAGCCCCAUAAGGUGGAGUACAAGUCCCCCGAGGAGAUUGAGAAGCAGGAAGCCCUGCUGCUGCGUCGGCCCAACCAGGAGAUCCUGGCCCACGAGCGCAAGAGGCAGGUGGAGCUGAAAUGUGUGGAGAUGAAGGAGAUCAUGGAGGAACAAGGGUAUUCCGAAGCUGAGAUCACACGCAAGGUGGAGGCGUUCCGCAAGAUGCUGAUGAGCAAAGAAGGAGUCAAAGAUGACGAUGAUGAGCCGCUGACAAAGUCACAGCUGACAGAGACCCACCACCUCGCCGAGGCCAAGGAGAAACAGAACGCCAAGCUGAGGGAGGCGUUCGGAAUCGGAGACGGCUACGUGGACGGCAGCUCCUUUGACUCGGAGCGCAGGGCCAGGGAAGCGGAAGCCCGCGCCAUGCAGGCCAAGAAAUACGAUAUCUUGCGUGAGCCAAGCACGUCGCCACCCCCGACCAAACACAAGAAGAAACGAUCUGGGCGCCAUCGCAGCCGCAAAAAAAGGAAAAACGGAGAAUUUGACAGAUCCGAGAGUACCUCCCCCGUGCGCAAGGAGAAGAAGAAGAAGUCACACAAGAGAAAGAGAGACAGAUCAGGAAAAAAGAGUAAAAAACACAGGUCCGGCAGCCGCUCAAAACGCAAACAUAAGAAGCACCACAGCAAAAAGUCCUCAGAUCACGGGGACAAAAAGAGUCGUCGCCGACGCCAUUACAGCGACUCGCUGUCUGACUACAGCUCAGACAGCAGUGACUACUCUGACUCAGACAGCAAAAGCUCUCGCAGCCCCUCGCCGCGUCGGUCCCGCCAUUCCCGGUCCAACUCCCGCAAGAGGUCCCGACGCUCCCCCGACAGCCCCCCGCGCAACGGCAGUCACAGACGGAGGUCGCGCUCACCGACACCCAGGAAAUCGCCACGGGAACGAGAUUCCGAGCGAUCCCAGAGAAGGAGGGACAUCAGCAAGUCACCCUCCCGUAGAGGGCGCUCUUGGAGUCCGAGCCCGCGCAGACGUUCAAGAAGUCGUAGCAGAACAAGAUCCCGAACCCCAAUUUCCCGGCGGCGGACUCGCUCCCCGAGCUACUCACGACGCUCCCCGUCCCCAGGCCGCUCCUCCAAGACUACCGCCGAAGCCGAGAAGAGAAAGGACUUCUCACCGAUCCGCAAGCGACGCAACUCCCCGAGCUUCCUGGAUCGCCGAAGAAUAACCAGCGCCCGCAAGCUGCCCAUCCCGUACCAUCGUCCAGCCCCGGCUAGCCCCUCCACCAGCGAGAGCUCCUACUUCUCUUAUGACAGCCACUCCUACAGUCGAUCCCCCUCACGCACCCCCUCUCACAGCCCCUCGGGGUCGCGGUCACGGUCCCGGUCGCGCUCGGGCAGUCACAGCCGCAGCUACUACAGCCGUAGUAGCUAUGAGCGGUGACAUUAAGCCGUAGCCAGCUUUUAACUUUCAUUACCAGUCGAAACAAAAGCUCAACCCUAACUUUCCGGACCAUUCAAAAUCCGCAUUUAGAUUUUGGAGGAUUUUUCAGGAUUGAGAACGGUGUUGAUCCUAUUAAAAUAUAUGUGCCUGUAUUCCCUCGGAAAGUUUAAGCACUUCACAAAAAAUGUGUCACUGAGUUCCGCCAUAGAGCCAUAUUAAAUUACGAGAGCGCUAACUCCUCAUUCUGCCGUGGAGAUAUUUUAAAGCCGUCCUGUGCACAGACAUUUUGAAUUCAUGUGCGUGUUUGUAGAACAUAAUCACAUGAGAUGGUAUGAAUUUCAAAUUAUGGGCUCUGAAUGCAACGUGCAAGUACAACAUGCGUGUUUGCAUUGUUUGCACAGAGCAAAAUGAAACGCUCAUUUACUGAUUGUGCGUUUCGGUUUUGGGCGUAUCGGCUUCGAUAACGCACCGGUAUAGAAUACAAACGCAGAAUAUGCAAAUAGCCGUACUGAGUUUUCCUCAUAGGUUUGUCCUCAAACAUGGAUGCGCGCAGCAGGCUUCAUUUUGUACAGCAAGUUAGCGCUCUAGUAAUUUGAUAUAGCUCUAUGGUUUUUGAUUUGCCUUUUGAAGUUAGGGUUAACCGAAUAUGACCAGGAGCAUUUGCAGUGAUAAGGUCAUUUGAAGCAUGUAAAUGCACUUUGAGUGUUCCAGUUUACCAAUAUGAGUUUUUCGGAAGAGUGUGUUGAAUUGUUUUGGCUGGUAAUGUUAGUUUGCAUUCAAUUUUUGCAAGAUAUCUAUUUAUAUUGACUUACCACAGUAUACAAUUUAUCAGUUUUGAACUGCCAAAAUCUUCCCUAACAUUAAUCAUCUAAAUCAAAACAAAUAAUUGGAACAGAAUGUAUGUUGGCCUGUGAUCCAUGUCUCAUUUGAGAAUUCUUGCCAAGGUGUGAUUUAUGUUUCUUGCAAAAAUUGAGAGCGAAAUUUAAAAAUGUGGCAAUCUCACGGAAUCCUUCUGAGUUCAAAAGAAAGAGGUACAUGAAAGUAGCUGUGUUGUAUAUAAGACUCAUUGCUGCAUUUGAAAUGAUUUGUUUGUCAGUGUUUGCUGAUUUGUAUUGUAUCUUUUUUUUCUUUUUUUUACACUUUAUAAAAAAUUGUUGUUGAACUCAGAAAGAUGCCACUCAGACCGGGACCUGUGCAACAAGGAGUAAAAAACCUGAAAUAAGACUUCAGGGUGUAUUUUGUGUCUAACUUGCAGUGAAGUAGCCUAACUAGUCACUUUUGUUAUUUAUUAAUUUUGAAGUACGUAUUGUGGUUGACCAAACUACUCUGAUACAUUCCUUUUUAUGGUUGAGUGCGUAAAAGCAUCGAUAACCUUUUUUUUAUUGCUGCUUUAGGGACCGAGAGGGGUAAUAGCGUUAAAAAGCAUAUUGGGAGGGGGUGUUUUUUGUGUGUGUGGAAUUUUUUUUUCCUUAGCGGUUACUAAAACGAGCUGGGAUUUUCCAAUGGGAGUUACGUAAACUCUUGUCGGAGAAUAUCGUUAAAAAAAUAAUGCAAAAUCUUAUAAUACUUAUUACUUAUUAACAGAACGUUUAAUUGGUUGGAGGUGGUAGCACCUACGUUACAGAAAUGUAUUAUAAAAGUGUACAGUGUGAUUUCUAUGAUGGUGUGAUCACCAACAUUUUUUGAAAGAAAGAUAAAGUUGGUUUUGAUACAGCAUAUAUUACUUGGCUCUAAAUUUUUUGAUCACAACAUCUUUUUUGUUCUUCAUUUUUCAUGAGGAGAGUUGAAGUGUAUCGGACAUGACUUUCUAGUUUUUAGGAAAUAAAAUUCUGUGAAGUUUUAUGUUCCUGAAAAAAUUACCAAUAAGAUGACCAAUGUUUGUCCUUUUCUCAGAGGUAAUUUUAAACGUUAUGAAAGAAUUUAAACUGCUUUUUACAGCUUUAAAUAAAGAUGUUCCUGCAAGCAAUUUCAAACCAGUAAACCAGUCUUGUACAGUUUUGAACGGGUUGAUUUUUUUAUCAUCGGCCAGUUCAAGUGAGAGGACACUGAACAGAAGAUUGUUUGUUCUCUGUCGGUCGCUGCCAUAGGGGUGUAUGGUCGCUACAGUGUAUUAAAGCAAUAUCAUAUUGUACAUACAAAGCAUAAUGUAGCUAACUAGCAAGUAGAUGCUUUGGUUUUUAUCUAUCCUUUUUUUAUGGAAAAGCUGUUUUGAAUAGUGUGAAUUCUUCUUUCUUGAUCCGAUUUUUAACUCCAGUGGAAAGUGGUAGGCAUUCUUACCCAGGUAUUUGUAUGGAUUUAGAUGUGUUUCUGUCAAUAAAGUGCAUUUCUGACUCCAGACUCAAAAAAA